AUGUCACUCGCCGAUAGAAGUGAUGGAAUUCUAGAGACCCAUGUGCAAUGGGAUGAAGUGGAGAAACGAAUGCAGGAAGCUUUCGGAACAACUGCUACGUUCGGACCUAACAAGUCUGUUAAGAACAUUGGAGAGGGAAAUGGCUUCAUGUCGCGUAUUUCUCUAAUUAAUCCCGAUUGGCAAAACAAAUCUGAGGGCUUACCUGAUUCUUUCGUAGCAAAGAUUUGCACAGCUCUCACUAUGGUUGACUCCAGCGCCCAAAAGAAAUUGAGCUUUGAUACCGAUUUGGUCAUCGAAAAGAUACUUCAAAUGUGUGCGACUGGUCACAAUGUGGAAGUUGAAACCUAUAAGAUUAUGGAAAAAUACAGUGAAGGCAGGAUACCGUUGCCAAGGAUCUAUGCAUCGCGGAAGUUCUCAGAUGAAAACAAAACAAAAGGAUAUCUCCUUAUGGAGUACCUCCCUGACUUGACUCCAUGUCAUAUCGUUGACAACAUCAGUAUCGAUGCAAUGAAAAAGGUUUUGCGGUCAAUAGCUAUUUGGCAGGGAAUAGGAAUGAAAAUGACAGAGGAAGAGAAGAGCAUCUACUCUACAACCUUUUUAUCAGAUGAUUUUUGUGACCUGUUCGCUCCUCAAAUGAUAGAGCAAUUCAAUGACAAACUGCAAUCGUUUUGUGGUGAAGAGCACAGCAAACUAAUCAAUGAAUAUCAUGAUCUUAUGAUUGAGAGCUGUUCUAAAGAAAACUACAUGAAGCUUGAUGCUCUACCAGAUAAAUUGGGAUAUAAAAAAGUGUUCGUUCAUGGAGAUCUUUGGAGUACUAACAUUCUGUGGACGAAACCAAAUGAAGAUUAUGAAAUCAGAGCGCACAUUGAUUUCCAG